AUUUUGUAAACCUGUCGUACAAGAAAAUGUCAAUUAAUUUGAAUUCUUUUGUACAAUUAAUUCAUGUUUUCAGCCACACAAACAAAUAAAAUCGCUAAAACUUUACUAAACAUAAUUUGUAAGGUCAAAUGUGACCCUACGACAGCUUCUCGCAACCUAUGCUUUUCAAAAUAUAUCACCGAUAUCAAAAAAUGUGCCAAAUUUAUGCCCACAAAUCCGUUAUUUCGUUUUCAAGCACGACCCAUGGCCUCUCUAGAAUGGAUGCAUAGGCAUGGACCACCGAUCAAACCUCCUAAACCCUUCAACGAACGCCCUAUGCUGGGGAAACCUUUUCUCAAAGCCAUAGUGAUAAAACCCAUAAUCAAAAAGCCGAAAAAGCCUAAUUCGGCCAAUCGGAAGUGCGUUAAAGUGCGGAUAAUUCAGACUGGCCGGGAAAUUAUAGCCCACGUUCCCGGGGAAGGCCAUAAUCUACAGGAACACAACGUGGUUCUCAUCCGAGGUGGUAGAUUAAAGGAUGUGCCCGGAGUCAAGCACAAAGUUCUCAGAGGGCGUCUCGAUUGUGCCGAGGUUAAGAAAAAGACUCAAUAAAAUUCGACAUUUUUAUUUUUAAUUGUAAUAUAAAUGUGUAUCUAUUUAACGACGAAAGUAUAUUGUAAAUGAAAAAAAAAGUAUAUUAUUCUUUCACGGAAAUGAUACAGUAUUUAAACCAAUCAACUAGUUUUAAAUUAGCGUGAUAAUUAUUUUUAUAGCUUUUAUGUUAGGGUUAGUGGUUGC